UUCUCCGUGCCCCCCACCCCCGGUUUAAAUUCACCAGAAGGGUGCUGGUGGUCUAGGAGAGGGGAGGAAAAUUAUAAUCAAAACGGGCGAGGAAGAGCAAAGGCGCAGCCUUGAAGUAAGGCGUUUUGGGAGAGGCCCGCCGCUCGCCCGAAGGAGACAGCCCCUCCACCAUGUCAUCUGACCAGACAUCUCAAUCUACAGUGCCUCCUCUCCACUCUCCAAAGUCACCUGUAUGGCCUAUUUUCCCAUUCAAUAGGGAGGGAAGCCGGAUUUGUGAGAGGGGUGCUCACCUUCUUCGGGACUUACCCAGCCCCCUUCCCACAAAAAGAACAAGGACUUACUCUGCGACGGCUCGUGCCUCUGCUGGGCCUGUUUACAAAGGUGUUUGUAAGCAGUUUUCACGCUCCCAGGGCCAUGGUUUCAUCACCCCAGAGAAUGGCACAGAAGACAUAUUUGUACACGUUUCUGACAUUGAGGGGGAAUAUGUCCCAGUAGAAGGAGAUGAGGUCACAUACAAAAUCUGUCCCAUCCCACCAAAGAAUCAGAAGUUCCAGGCUGUGGAGGUGGUGCUCACCCAUUUAGCACCACAUACAAAGCAUGAAACAUGGUCAGGCCAAAUAAUUGGCUCAUAAACUGCUUCUUGAGCCUGCAGGCCAUCAGGAAGUGGAGUUGAGUGAUAUGGUGGGUGGUGGAACUGCUGGAGCAAUGGAAGAGCCAGGCUGGCAAUUUUUGUUUGCUGUGUGACAUGUUUGCAAUUUUAUCUUGUCUUUUCUAAGAUUUAACCUUUAGUUUGUAAAUGUGCUUUUUUGUUUAUAGAAGGCAAGCAAGAAGUGGAAAAGUGUUGCUGGGUAGAUUUACUCAUAAGUCAUUAGCUCCUGCUGUACCCAAUUGGACAGAAGAAAUGUAUUAUCAAAGUAGUAUUUAUUGGCCACAAAGACUGAUAUUUAUCUGGUUGCUAUGCUAAACACAUUAAUAAUGAAAUUGUCUAUUAUCCUGCCCCUUUACCAAAUUUUUCCCUUACAUCCUCAGCAGGGGCUGUUGCAUUGUUAUUCAGCACCCUUCUCAGCCAGAACAGGCACUCAAUGAAAUGGUACUUUUCAGGGCACAGUUCUGCAUGGUCCAAACAUAGUGAAGCUGUCAUUCUUCCAGAGCUUUUCUAAAUCAUGCAAACUGCAGGGAUGCGUGAAGGUUUUUUUUUUUUUUUUUGGAGGGGGUGUAUUUCUUACAUGUAUAAUCAUAUGCAAAGAAAAAGCCUACAGGCUUGCUCCUGCACAUGGAUGGCACUUCUCUACAUUUCUGUUCAACUUUGGUUGAGACUGAGAUCAAUAGCUUGGUCACCACUGUUGUGUAUUUGAUUAUUGGUCUAGUUGCAAAUCUUCUUUCAAAAACAUUUCAUACACAGUAUCUGAAGUAGUUAUGCAGUAAUCCAAUAGAAUGUAACACUAAAGAAGGAGUAUUUCUAAAGACAAAUUGAUAACUCACUGUGAUGUUUUGCUCAAACUUGUCUAAAAAUAGGUGGAGGGAUUUUUUGGUCUUGUAAAGGAUGAUCUUACCAAAUUCAAAAUUAGUAUCUUCUGCUUGUUGUUAUGCAAAGGAGUCAGUAAAAUUUUGCAGAUAAUUGUUUGCUGGAGGUGGUUGAAGGAGCCGCCUUUCUAAAUCUAUUAGUCUCAAAUUGACUUUAAUUUUUUUCCAUAUGCACCACAGUGGUUUGUCCCAGGUAGCCUGAACUGUAGCAGUAUCUUGCUUCCAGACUGUUGUGAUAUACAUUCAGGUUAUACUUAACACAAAGGUUUUCUUGUUUCUGCUCUUAAUUGUAAACUAAGUUGCAUCUGUUUUUUUAAAUGGUAGCAAAGUAUACCGUAAUACAGGAAUAGUAAUAUAUGUUUUUUCCAUUAAUUGCCAUUAAAAGCGUGUGUCCAAGAGUAAAGGUAUUCUAGAAUUCAGCCUCUACUGAAAUGUAUUAUUUUGCUCACAUUGCAUUUUUCAUAUAUAUUACAGUGUUAAGUAUUGCCCAUGAUUGGAUUUGUGUCUACUGAAAGUAAUACAUAAUAAUAAAAUCCCAUGCAGAUUAAGCUGUUUUUGUUAGAAGACUAUAUUGUUACAACAUUCAAAAGAGACUAGAACAUCGUCUCAACAUCGUAUCCUCCAGAUGUUACUGGGAGUUGCAGUUCCAAUACAUUUGGAGUGUACCAGGCUAGGAAAAUCUGAAAUAAAAUAACCAGGAAGCAUCUGUUUUAUCCUCUUCCAUUAUGAAUGGUAGUUUUUGGCCAUGAAGAUCUGCUUGAACAAUAGCAUCUUUGUUUAUUACAUUUUCAGAGAUGUAGGCUUCAGUAUUAUCUGCAUGUAAUUGCACUUCUGAAUAUUUUUCAUGACAUGUUUUCUCAGAAUGGAUGUUUAGGCUAAUUCUCCCAUUCUCCCUUCUGUUGUUCUAACUUCGACAUUUUAAUGAUUACCCUCUGUGUGUCUGGAGAAUGAGGAUUAUGUAUAGAAGAGAUGAAGGAAUGGUCACCAGAGAUACAGAGGGAGAAUUUUUCUGGACCUUUUCCUCAAGAUUCAACAGCUGCUGUCCAGCCCAAUGAAGUGAGGAUCUGAAGGCAGCCACUUUCCUUUUGCUGUAUGAGGCAUCUCCCUGUGACAGCCAGAGGAAUGUCCUGCACACAUGUAACACCAGCAGCUUCUAGCCUAUCUCCCUCGUUGAUGGUGCAAUACCAGUGGGAGUGCCACAAAACUGUGACUUCUCUGAGAAUGCUUUUUAAUUCUUUCUGAAAUAACCUUGUUAUCUAUAGUGUGUCUGUGUUCUGACAACUUUUUGUGUGGUUCUUGCCUCUUUGAUCCCAUGUUGAUCUUUGUAACACUGGCAAUAAAUCAUUAAAGUGACUUUCCAAGA